CGAGCGUCAUCAGAUCACGUCCACUCGCUACUCUCCUUCCCGGCCCUGGUGAAGUACGGAACGCCGGAAGGGCAGGGCUCAAAGCUCCGCCUCUGGCGCGACCGACUACCGGAGCGCAGGGGAGAGGUAAAGGCUCGCAGAUGGACCUGGUAGUCAGCUGGAGAGCAGCAUGGAGGCGUCCUGGGGGAGCGUCAACGCUGAGCGGGGCUGGUAUGUCUCUGCCCAGCAGCCUGAAGAAGCGGAGGCCGAAGAGUUGAGUCCGUUGCUAAGCAACGAACUUCACAGACAGCGAUCCCCGGGUGUUUCAUUUGGUUUAUCAGUGUUUAAUUUGAUGAAUGCCAUCAUGGGAAGUGGCAUCCUUGGCUUAGCUUUUAUUAUGGCUAAUACUGGUAUCCUUGGAUUUAGCUUCUUGCUGCUGACAGUUGCUCUCCUGGCUUCUUACUCAGUCCAUCUUCUGCUUAGUAUGUGUAUUCAGACAGCUGUAACAUCUUAUGAAGAUCUCGGACUCUUUGCAUUUGGAUUACCUGGAAAGGUGGUGGUGGCAGGCACCAUAAUAAUUCAGAAUAUUGGAGCUAUGUCAUCUUAUCUUUUAAUUAUUAAAACAGAGUUUCCUGCUGCUAUUGCAGAAUUUUUGACUGGAGACUAUAGUAGAUAUUGGUAUCUUGAUGGACAAACACUGCUAAUAAUCAUAUGUGUUGGCAUCGUGUUCCCUCUUGCACUUCUUCCCAAAAUAGGCUUUCUUGGCUACACAAGUAGUUUAUCAUUUUUCUUUAUGAUGUUCUUUGCUCUUGUGGUAAUAAUUAAAAAAUGGUCCAUCCCUUGUCCUCUGACAUUAAAUUAUGUAGAGAAAUGCUUCCAGAUUUCAAAUGCUACAGAUGAUUGUAAGCCAAAACUCUUUCAUUUCUCCAAAGAGAGUGCAUAUGCCUUACCAACCAUGGCUUUUUCAUUUCUCUGCCAUACCUCAAUAUUGCCCAUAUACUGUGAACUUCAAAGUCCUUCAAAGAAAAGAAUGCAGAAUGUUACCAAUACAGCAAUUGCUUUAAGUUUUCUCAUUUAUUUUAUAUCUGCACUCUUUGGCUACCUCACUUUUUAUGACAAAGUGGAGUCAGAAUUACUAAAAGGUUAUAGUAAAUACUUACCACAUGAUGUUGUUGUCAUGACUGUGAAGUUAUGCAUACUAUUUGCUGUGCUUUUGACAGUCCCUCUAAUCCACUUCCCUGCCAGAAAAGCUGUAAUGAUGAUGUUUUUCUCCAAUUUUCCAUUCUCGUGGAUUCGCCAUUUUUUGAUCACUCUAGCACUCAAUAUUAUCAUCGUUUUACUUGCAAUAUAUGUUCCUGACAUUAGAAAUGUAUUUGGUGUAGUUGGUGCCAGUACAUCAACAUGUUUGAUUUUUAUAUUCCCAGGAUUGUUUUAUCUUAAACUUAGCAGAGAGGAUUUUCUCUCGUGGAAAAAAUUCGGGGCAUUUGUUUUGCUCAUCUUUGGAAUUUUGGUUGGGAAUUUUAGUUUAGCACUCAUCAUUUUUGAUUGGAUUAACAAAUAAAUAUUUUCCUACUUCUUAAAAGAAUAAUAUACCUCUAUAUGUAAGAAUGAAUUAUUCUGGAAGACACCCUGGAUGAAAAAUAACAUUUUAAUAAAAAAUAUUAACAGAAAAGCAGAACAAAAUGUCAGUGGGUAUGGGGAAGUAAGAGUAUAGCAGUUUUAAUCAAAAAAAGAAACAAACUUGAAAUGCU